CCAAAAGGAAAACACCUGCAACUAAAUCAUAUAAAUAUGACUCAGCAGUCAAUGCUCAAGGAUUACAAAGGAUUCUGGUGAACUAACUACACUAUGCUGCAUCUUAUUCUGACUUGAAGAUAGUGCUUGGUGACAUCGGUAACAUUGCAACCAUUUUCAUUUAUGAAUUUCACAGAAGAUCAUCAAUGGAAGUCCUGUGUUAAUUCAUCCAACUUAACCUGUUUAGGAGCAACGCCAAUACUGUCUGAUGCACUGUUGUAUUUGUCUGUAGCAGCAGUUGUUUUCGUGACAGUGUGUGGAAAUCUACUGGUGAUCAUCUCCAUCUGCCACUUCAAGCAGCUCCACACACCAACCAACUUCCUCCUCCUCUCUCUGGCUGUGGCGGACUUUCUAGUUGGAGCAACUGUGAUGCCUUUCCACUUUAUUAUGUUGAUUGAUCCGGACUGGUGCAUUGGCGAAUUGUAUUGCGCCAUUAAUAAUGUAGUUUCCUAUUCCCUGACUGGUGUGUCAAUUAAUAGCGUCGUUUUUAUUGCAGUGGACCGAUUCUUCGCUCUCAGCAGCCCUUUUCUUUACUGCACUAAAAUGACAGGGAAGCUAACUUUAAGGAUCAUAUUGAUUCUCUGGUUGUAUACAUUCAUAUACAAUGUGGCUCUUCUGUAUAGCAAUGGAAAUAUCCCUGAAAUGAAGGAAAAUACUACAUGUGUCGACUGUAUUGUCAUAAUAGAUGAAAUAUGGGCCAUUACUGACUUUCUUAUAGUACUCGUUCUGCCGUGCAUAACAAUAAUGAUUAUUUAUGUGAAAAUUUUUUAUAUUGCCAAAAAGCAUGCAAAUAAUAUCACGUGUGUCAUGAAACAACAUACAAACAGCAGAAAAGUAAAUAAUUAUUCAAUGGCAUCUGAAAGAAAAGCAGCAAAAACACUAUCAAUUCUUGUGGUAGUGUUCCUACUGUGUUUAGUACCCUGCUUUGCAAGCGUUUUUGUUGAUGUAUAUGUUAAGAAACCAUCUGUGUAUCUUUCCGUUCUAAUUACCUUAACUCUACUUUAUGUAAAUUCAUCAUUGAACCCUAUAAUAUAUGCCCUAUUCUAUCCAUGGUUUCAAAAGUCAGUAAAACUCAUUUUAACACUCAGGAUAUGUGGAACAGAGUCUUCCCUUAUGAAUGUGUUUAUAAAGGAAACAUAAAAACUUUGCUGUAUAUAAUAAUGAAGAAAUCAAACAUUAUAGUUUUAUCUCGAGUGUACAAGUAUGAUUCAACAGCAUGUCUCAUUGAUUGAACAUGUUUGUUUUUCGUUGUUCUUGUAUUUUAUUUUUUCACAUCCCAUGAGUUCCUCUACAGUCUUAUCACUUUCAUGCUUUCAUGUUAUUGCAAUUUGAUCAUAGUUAUUGCAAUAUGAUCAUCGUUUGUAUGCUUUGAGGUUUUGUUAUUAAAAGUGAAACAUACUUGUUUGAACGUAGAAAAUCAUUUUGACAACUUAGUAAUGAAUACUUAUCAAUGAAGCCACUCUCAGGUUUUAUUUUUACUCCUAGUGAAAAGAUUGUUAAACUUUUUCAGCCAGAUAGCACACAGCCCUCAGAUAGUUACAAACCUACGUUGGCAUUCACUGUAGUUAGAUAUCUUGGCAUUUCAAAUUGGGAAUAACAUUUGGAGUGAAAGUACAAUAUGGUAAAAACAAUAAUAAUAUUUUUUUUUUAAACUGCUGUAAAUGAAAGCUGUAAAUCAGACAUGCACAAUAUUGAGAACUUAUUUUUACGGUUAUUCUUUACUGAAUGCCUGAUAUUUAUUUGACAUGCAAGAAUAAGUUAUACCAUGGAGAUAUAGGGUUACAUUGAUACAUGGGGAAAAGGUUCUUAUUUUAGGACACAUUAGAUCAGUGGUUCCCAACCUUGGUACUGGGGCACCGCUAUGUAUGCUAGUUUUCUUUCCAACCACAUUUGAUAUUCCAGAAUUUUUUUCUUCUGAAUUAUGUGCUUUUCAUGUUUAGAGGGAUUGUUUAUGCUCCUAAGCCACAUUAUGACAAACACAGCGAUGCAUGCCAUGAAGAAUAAAAAACCUCUGUUCAAAUUAUGCCUAUUGUGCUAUAUUACAAACACUUAGGCCAACAUAAAAAGAGAAUCAUUUUUUUAACUGAGCAAAUUAAAGACU